CGAAAGCGUCAAAGAGCCAAUCAAGGAGGCUCCAGCUCCCUUGUAACCCACAACACAUCCAUACAAUCUGGUGCACGCAGAGCACAGACUCACAGGGAAUUCUCAGAGCUGAGAGGCUCCUUCUCCCUCCCUCCCUCUCUCUCUCUUUUCCUCUCUUUCUCCCCCCCCACCCCCUUCUCUUCCUUUCUCUUUCCCUCUCUUUCUCCCUCUCUCCUUUGCUGGAGCGCUGCUGGAGAGGAGACAAGAAUGUAAUUAUUCCAGAUUUUUUUUAUUUUUAAGGUAGAGUGAAAGAGAAAGAGAAGGGGAAAAAAAUAAAGGAAAAGGAGAAGGGUGAAAGAAAGAAGAGAUCCUGAUGGAAAUCAGGGCACCCUGACCAGCUCCUGCUUGGAAAGGGGGGAAGGCGAGGCAGAAAGGAGAUUUCCCUACAAGUUUUUCCUGCUGAAGGUUGCUCAGGAGCCUUCCUCGGCCGGCGAGGGGGGGAAACCACUCCGGGACUACUCCAGCAGUAGGAAGACCGAGGAGUGGAGUGGAUGAAUAUACCGAUGAGAGAUCCAGUAAUCCCUGGGACAAGCAUGGCUUAUCAUCCUUUUUUACCGCACCGGGCACCGGACUUUGCCAUGAGCGCUGUGUUGGGACAUCAGCCUCCCUUCUUCCCGGCUCUGGCUUUGCCUCCCAAUGGGGCGGCUGCUCUCUCCCUUCCCGGGGCUCUGGCUAAACCCAUCAUGGAUCAGUUAGUGGGGGCUGCAGAGACUGGUAUCCCCUUUUCUUCCCUGGGUCACCAGGCAGCAGCCCAUCUGAGGCCUUUAAAAACUCUGGAGCCAGAAGAAGAGGUGGAAGAUGAUCCGAAAGUGCAUCUGGAAGCCAAAGAGCUUUGGGAGCAAUUCCAUAAAAGAGGCACAGAGAUGGUGAUUACCAAAUCAGGAAGGAGAAUGUUUCCUCCAUUUAAAGUGAGAUGCACUGGACUGGAUAAAAAGGCCAAGUACAUUUUAUUGAUGGAUAUUGUGGCGGCUGAUGAUUGUAGGUACAAAUUCCAUAAUUCCCGGUGGAUGGUAGCUGGGAAAGCUGACCCUGAAAUGCCAAAGAGAAUGUACAUCCACCCGGACAGCCCGGCCACCGGCGAACAAUGGAUGUCCAAAGUCGUCACCUUUCACAAGCUGAAGCUCACUAACAACAUCUCUGACAAGCACGGAUUUACCAUUUUAAACUCCAUGCACAAGUACCAGCCCCGGUUCCACAUCGUGCGAGCCAACGAUAUUCUCAAGCUUCCCUAUAGCACGUUCAGGACCUACGUUUUCCCGGAGACUGAAUUCAUCGCAGUGACCGCAUACCAGAAUGAUAAGAUCACUCAAUUAAAAAUUGACAACAAUCCCUUUGCCAAAGGUUUUCGGGACACCGGGAAUGGAAGGAGGGAAAAAAGGAAGCAGCUGACCCUGCAGUCCAUGCGGGUGUACGAUGAGAGGCAGAAGAAGGAAAACCCCACCUCGGAUGAGUCCUCCAACGAGCAGACGGCCUUCAAGUGCUUCGCGCAGUCCUCCUGCCCUGCCGUGCCUGCUGUCGGCACCUCCAGCCUCAAAGAUCUCUGUCCCAGCGAGGGAGACAGCGAUGCAGACAGCAAAGACGAUCCCUUGCUAGAAGCCAACGAGACCGGCAAAAUCAGCACUACCACAGCCACCACCCCAGCGCCCGCCAGCUCCGCAGCAGCCGCGGGAGACGACCCCCGGGAGAAGGGGGGCAGCCCCUCCAAAAGCCACUUCUUCCCCAGUGACUCAGCAGGGAGUCGGAGCCGAGAGAGGACGGAGAAAGCCCCUCCGGACUCCCGGCACAGCCCGGCUACGAUCUCUUCCAGCACCCGGGGGGGAAGCCUGAGCGGUGAAGAACUGAAAAGCCCCCUCAGGGAUGGUCCCAAAGUAGAUGAGAACCGGCUGCUGGGCAAAGAGCCCUUCGCCCCCCUCACGGUCCAGACCGACAGCACGGCCCACCUGAGCCAGGGACACUUGCAAAACCUCGGCUUUCCCCCUGCCCUGGCCGGCCAGCAGUUCUUCAACCCGCUGGGGAAUGGGCAUCCGUUGCUGCUGCACCCUGGGCAGUUUGCCAUGGGGGGAGCUUUCUCUGGCAUGGCCGCCGGGAUGGGCCCCCUGCUCGCCACCGUCUCCGGGGCAUCCGCUGGUGUCUCGGGACUGGACAACACGGUCAUGGCCACGGCGGCGGCCCAGGGACUCUCGGGAGCAUCAGCGGCUGCUUUGCCUUUCCAUCUGCAGCAGCACGUCCUGGCUUCUCAGGGCCUGGCCAUGUCUCCCUUCGGAAGCCUCUUCCCCUACCCCUACACCUACAUGGCAGCGGCAGCCGCCGCCUCCAGCGCCGCCUCCAGCUCGGUGCACCGGCACCCCUUCCUCAGCGCCGUGCGGCCGCGGCUCCGCUACAGCCCCUACCCGCUGCCCGUGCCCCUGCCAGACGGCAGCAGCCUCCUCACCACCGCCCUGCCCGGCCUGGCCGCCGGCUCCGGCGAUGGUAAAGCGGCGGGGCUGGCCGCCAGCCCCGGCUCCGUGCCCCUGGACUCCGCCUCGGACCUCACCAGCCGCUCGUCCACCCUCUCCUCCGGCUCCGUGUCCCUCUCCCCGAAACUGGGUGCGGACAAGGAGGCAGCCACCAGCGAACUGCAGAACAUCCAGCGCUUGGUCAGCGGGCUCGACCCCAAGCAGGACAGAUCCCGCAGCGGCUCCCCGUAACCCCCCCGCCUCUGGGAGCUCAUUUCAAAUCAGUCUCGCAGUGCACUUUGUUUGAAAGAAACCACAUCCUCCACCCCGCGAGUGUUUGGGUUUUGUUUCGUUGGGUUUUUUUUUACCCCCCCCCCUUCAUUUUGUCUUUUUCUUCCCCUUUCUAUUUUUUGAAAUAUAAAAUCCCCCGGCGUUGUGUGCGCGUUUAUCAACAACAAGGUAUCUGGUGAAGCAGGGGAGGGGGGUGAGCGGAGGGGGGAGAGGAUUUGGGAUUGGAGAGCAGAGCCGGGGUGGGAGAGCUGGGUCGGAGGCUGCUCGCAGGGAGCAGCCAGGCCGGGCCGGGUCACCGGCGGGGUUGUGGCAUCCUCUUUUCUUUCUUUUUUUAUUUUUAUUUUUUAAACUGUGUAAAAACAACCCCAAAACAAACCAAAAACGGGAAAGAAAAAAAAAAAGAAAAAACAGAAAAAAAACCCCAAACCCCAAACCCUUAAAGCAAAAAUAAAGCAAAAAAGAAAAAAAAAAAAAAAAUCAAAACAGACGUAUGGAUAAAAAAUAAGCAAGAGAAGUGAUUUGUUUUUUCUUUCUGAAAGAAAAGUGUGUAAGUAACUCGCAUAUCGGUUCUUCAACAGUUGUUUCCUGGGCGGGUUGUUAACAACAACCCCCUUAGUCAAUAUUAAGGGAAGCUGUGUGUUUCAAAUAUUAUUGUGAUGUCUGAGAGCCAGUCGGUGGCUGGUUUUGCAUGUUCCAUAGUAGCCUGCUUUUUAUUUGGGGGGGUGGGGUGGUGUAUUAUAUUUUAUUUCGGUGGGGUUUGGUUUAUUUUUUAAUGCUCGUUUCAAAUCCCAGGGAAAAAAAUAUUACUAAUAAUAAUAAUAAUUAAAAAAACAACAAAAAUAAGACCUACUACCUUAAACCAUUCUCCCUGUAGCAACACCAAUAAGAAGUGUAGUUGGAAAGAGAAAAAGAAGUGAAUUUAUUUUAUCUUCAACCCUCUGGCUUGACUGUAGGUUUAUCAAAGCUUUCCCUCUUUAAUUGUAUAUGCAAUAACAAGGUUUAAACAUACUGAGAAGAAGAAAAGAGCGGACACUAUUAUUAAAACAAAGUAUUUAUGUAAUUAUUUGAUAACUUGUAAAUACGUGGAAUAUGGAUACUCGAAAUUAAACUUUAAUUUAUUGACAUUGUACAUAUCUCUGUAAAUACGACUGCAGCCGUCUUCUUUUGUUCCUCUUCUGUUUUUAUUUUUAGUCGUUUUCAUUUCAAGUUCGUAAUUCCUCUAAACAUACACCCCGACCCAGAGGAGAAAUCCCUCCAUUUCUGAGGGCUCACGUUUUCAAUCGGAGUUCACCCCAGAGAACCUGAUCUCAUCCUUUUGUAAAGGAGCCGAACGCAAACGACAAAGCAGAAACAAGCAAAAUUAAUCAAAGACCUUUAAAAAAGAAGAAGAAGAAGAAAAGAUAAAAAGAAAAGGCAAUGUGCCAUGGUAGCUUUUAAUCCUCGAUUUCUUCAGUGUUCAAAGCGCUACUUUCCGUAUAGAGUAUCAACAAUCAGAAAGUUAUACACACGACAACAGGCUUCUCCAGUGGCUUGAGAGAAAGGAAAAAGAUGAAGAUUUUAAGUGUCUUUACUUUGUAUUAUUUUUUUUCCCCAUUUCCUUGGUGUGUCUCAAAAAACAACCCCCAACCAACCCCACGAUGGAGUUUUACUACUGUGCUUAUCGUUGUCUUUGUUUGAGUGCAUAUUUUCUUGGCUUGAAAGUCAGGUGCUCAGAGCUGGUUCAAAGAAAAAAACAAACUAAUGAAGGUAUAUUUUGUGUUAUAUAAAUGUUGAGAAGUUCUUGCUAUUUCUAUUUUUUUUCUGUAUUUUUUCCUCCCUUUUAAAAGUCACUGAAGUUUCAAUAAAUUUUUAUUGAAAUGUC